GCGCCGCAGGCCCAGGAGAGCGCCGGUCUGUACCAUAGAUGAAUUGAGGUUUACGAAAGUAUUCUUUGGGCUACAAACACCUUAUAUGAACGUGAUCGGCAACUAUUACGGCUAGCGAAGUUGCUACUAUCUUCUGAGAUAAUAUCGAAAAAAGUCUCGAGCUAAGGAGGACCAUAUCCUUUAAUAUGGCCUCAUCCGCUGGAUCUGUUCCUCCGCAGCUACCACUAUUUCGAGCAGUGGCCAGUUCCACGAGGCAAAUAUAUCAGCUAUUAAAAUGUAUCAGCUUCACACCAAAGGUACAGGUGGAAAUAACUCAAGAUGGCAUCCGCUUUGCCGCAGACCAUUCGCGCGUAAUGCAAGGCGUAGCGUUUUUAGAUAAAGCUCUUUUUACAUCUUACACUUUGAACUUGCCAGAUGAAGGAGGCGAUCCACCAAAAUUUCAAAUGAAUCUGGCCGCUUUGCUAGAAGCCUUACAGAUCUUCGGGGCUACGGAUGUAGCAGCCCGAGCGGCCAAAGCGGAAUCGGAAGCGUAUCGUAGCAAUCUACGUAACUACCGACCAGACGCCUUUAAUCACCAGACUCUAGGUAUGCCAGGAACAUGUUGUAUCAUGUACGAAGAAGACGGAUCCCCGCUAAGCAUCAUCCUCGAGGAGACUGGAGUCAAGACUCAGUGUAAUAUGGUCACCUACACCCCUGAAUCACAUGAUAAUAUCCCUUUCGAUCGGGAGGAUAUAUCCUUCAAGAUUAUCAUGCAAGCUCGAUGGCUCCUUGAUGCUCUUUCUGAGUUAGCUCCUAUGGCUCCAAUUCGUAUCACCAUUGCUACUUCACCAAAUGCCCCCUAUCUAAGCCUAUCCAGCAGCGGGGAUCUUGGUAGUGCUAGUGUCGAGUUCUCAAGCGGCCGUGACCUCCUCGAGACCUUUUCCGUGCACGACCGUUGGGUACAAAGUUUCAAAUUCGACUUUGUCAAGUCGGCAAGCGAGGCCAUGCGCAUAGCGAACAAAGUCAGUUUCCGCGGGGAUGGUCAGGGCGUUCUCAGCUUGCAGUUCAUGGUCGAGGUCGAAGGCGGUUCGGUCAGCUUCCUUGACUUUCGGUUCGUUCCUUAUGUUACGCAAGAAGAGGAGGAAACCGGGAGUGAGGAGGAAGAUAAUCAAUAACCCGCUCUCAUCUAGCGAGACGUCCGCCGAGCUUAUAUAUGUGGUUUCGGGUAUUAUAGUCGCUUGUUUGUCAGUAGUCUAAACUAUCCGGUUGCUUUCACGUUUCACGUCUGUGUCUCUAAUAUAGUAUGCUGCCAUUUAAACGAAAUCAACGAAUAUAGUAUCAUUCAUUCGCACUUGUUUAGUUCGCAGCUAAAAUUCAGCUCUCAUUUCAGCAUCGUUUCCUUCGUACAUGACGUAACAAACUUGUGCUAGAAUCCAGUAUAAACAGAGACCCGAUGAGUUACAUCUAUAUAAAUAACGUACCUAUGUUCUC